AUGCCGGAUCUCAACACGGUACCGGCCUCCCCGAGGCCUGAUCGCCAGUCUCCAGCGCCCCAGGUCCAAACACCGUCCGUGCCAGCGUCGCCCACACUCAACAUCCUGCCUUCGAACCAGAGCGCGAUGAACGUCUCUUCGUCAACAACUGCGCACGCGCAUCCCUGGGCGCCCUACGACGCCGAAGCUGGGCCUGGACCCCUUCGCCAUCCUCGCCCACUCACGGCUGCUGAGCUCCAUAUAGAGUUGGAGAAGGAGCAAGAGGCGGUGGUCAACCGCCUCACGCGUGAGCUGUCCCUGCUACGUGCUGCCCAGAACGCAUCCGUAGCGUCGAACCACUCAUCUACUUCCAAUGCCGCCUCGACGCACGACCAACCAGCCGAGCCUUCCCUGUUGACUAGCUCGGGGUUCACAAUUCCCACUACGCGACGACACCGACGAACGUCCUCCUCUGCAUCGCAGCAGCUCUCCUCGUCCUACAACGGUCGAAAUGCCAUGGCCAUGGCGAGGCAAGACAGCAACGCCUCUCGACGGAGCCGUGGCCCGUCGCCUGCGCCGCCUAUGAGCAGCAGCCUCGACCCCUCCAGCUACUUCCAGCAGCAACGCAUGCCGCCGCCGUCCGCUAUUCCCAUGACAGGAGGGAGCGCCACACCCAUGACAGCGAGUGAAUCACAGCUGAGCCCGGGCAUAGUGCCAGCGACGGCACGCUACGAGGAGACGCAGUAUCACAAGAAUGAGCUCGAGUCUACCAAGAGGGAGAAUGAGAAACUCAAGCGGAAGAUUAGGGAGCUGGAGAGGACGCUGCAGGAGAGGGCGCGGGCCGAGCGGGGCGCUGGUCACACGAGGAGUGGUAGCGCGAGCACGACGAGGAGCCUGAGUGUGGGCGUGGAUCCGGGCGGCGGCACCGCCAACGUCGCGGGGCCGCGCGACCGGGGUAGGAACAAUACGCUGCACAGUGUCACGAGCGUUGGCGUUGGCGUGCCGGAGGAUGAGGUCAGGGUCGGGGAGAGCGCCUCUAGUGCUGGCGUAGGCAAUGCCAGGGCCAACCCGCGGUGA